ACCUUCCCCACUCUCGAGCUCACACGCUAAACACUAGGCGAUCGGGCGAGACACUAGAACGCUACGGCGGCGACGGGCACCCGCACCACGACGACAGACCGGGCAGCGCUGGCGCAGCUCGGAGCUGUACACAUCCAGGCCUUAGCUGUCGGCUGGCACACGACAUUCUCUCCCAUCGCAAGGUAUCGGCAUCCCCUCCUCCUCUGUCUACCUCUUAUCUCCUCUUUCUCCCCCCUCCUCCUUGCCCGCCUCCCCCUCCGCCCCUCUCCGUUAGCAUGCAGCAUACGAUGCACUCCCGAGGCCACAGCCUCACGUCUGCGGAGCCACCACGCAAGAAGCCGCACCCCACCCGCCAACGCUCCAAUACCUUUACACGGAGCAGCAUCUCGACGCGGGCCUUUCACCUCUCCGACCCGCCAGACUUCAUGCCUGGGCGUGCGCCCCGCUACACCGACGCUCCGCGCCACUUUCUCCGGCGCCUCUUCCGCCGGCGCCUGGUCCUCCUCGCCCCGAUUUUGCUCAUCUCCCUCUGGUUUCUGCCAGUCCACCACUACCCGACCUUUACAUGGCGCCAACCAGAGCCGCAAUGCGGCUUCAUGUCAACAGUCGACGCAUUUGCGCGGGACCUUGCUCGGAUACGGAAGGAAAUCGGGAGCGUGCCGGUCGGUGCGGGGCAUCAUGCUCGCUCGAGGGGUCACACAUUCUCCGAGACGGGCCAUCUCAUGCUCUCGGACGACCCAAAUGCGCCACAUCCGAUUCCUACUCUCCUGACGCUGGGUGAGGAGCGCUGGGCAUCCCUUCUCGCCUCGCAGAGCCAGACACUCUCUGAGGCUGUGGCCGAGUACGAGCGGCGGUACGAGCGACUGCCGCCGAGGGGAUUUGACGAGUGGUGGGCGUUCGCGCAGGCGCACAAUGUUGUUCUCCCGGACGAGUACGAUGGCAUUCACCGCGACCUUGCGCCGUUCUGGGCGCUCCCCAAAGAGGAGCUCAGCAGAAGGUUAGCGGCUGACGAGGCCAUGGACGAGGUAUUCAUCCUCGAGCUGCGGAAUGGUACGGUGUACGUCGACAUCAAGGAAGGCGGCCUGGCAUGGGACGGCACGGAGGGGCGGGCAAACCAAACGGCUGAAAUGCUUGCCAGCAUCGCUGCACAUCUCCCCGACUUCCGAGCCACAUUCAGCAUCUUUGACCAGCCACAGAUUUACCUCAGCUGGGCGAGGCGCGAGUCGCUCGUCUCUCUCGGGCUGAGUGGAAAACACACAACGCACCUCGCAGAGGUUGACGAUGGCAACGUUCGCCUGACCCGCAGUUGUGCGCCGGACUCGGCGUUUCGGACAGAGCCAAACGCGACGUCAGGUCGCUCGCUCGUGCAUGAUAGCAUUGCCGCGAGCGACAUUUGUGCCAACCCUUACCUCGCCCCUCUCCACGGGCUCACGAUCGAGCCACACGAGCCAGACUCACAUCCUCGCCCACACACACAGCUCUUACCUCUCUUCUCGCUGGCCAAAACUAGCCUUAACAGCGACAUCCUCAUCACGCCACUCGAGCAGUUUGGACAUAUACGUCCGGAUAUUCCUUGGGCUGCUAAGCGUGACCCACGACUGUACUGGCGCGGCUCCGCAACUGGGAUUUCGAUGAUGCACCAAGGCGUCAAGUGGCGUGACUCUCACCGCUGGCGCCUACACCUCUUCGCCAACAACAUGACGGGGCAGCGCGAGAUUCUCGUCCCCCGUCUCAACGCGUCCACCGUUGGACUCGGCACCGAGACCAUGGACGCGGAGGAGUCGGCCCGGUGGUUCUUCAACAUGCGGCUAGCAGGAGGCCCAAUUCAAUGCGACGAGGACGACGGCACCUGCGACGAGAUGCAGGAGGAGAUUGAAUGGGCACCGUACGACCCCCCGAGCGCAACGCGUGACGCCAAAUUCCUUCUGGACAUUGACGGGAAUGGGUGGAGCGGGCGCUUCCGGCGCCUGAUGGGCAGCAACGCUGUCGUGAUUAAAACGGGCAUUUUUACUGAGUGGUUUGCGCCCCACCUCGUCCCCUGGUUCCACUACGUGCCCUCUAAACUGGAUUUCAGCGACCUCGAGACGAUCAUGGCCUUCUUCAGCGGCACGCCCGCCGAGCCUGGUCUCGCAUUUGACGAGACCGCGCGUGCUCUCGGACACAAUGGCAAGUGCUUUGUGCAGCGCAUGUUCCGGUACGCCGACAUGCAGGCGUACAUGCUUCGCCUGUUCCUCGAGUACGCGCGCGUUGUGGCGCCGGACGGCGUCGACAUGAACUACCACCAUGUCGAGGAGGGCGAUGGCGAUGGCGAUGGCGAUGGCGAUGGCGAGGGCGAGGGUGAGGGUGAGGAGAUCGGAAACGAGAACGGGGACGGAGGCAACAUGCCUCAUGGGGCUCGCGUGAUCGACACUCCCGGCGUUGAUGUCGGCAUGGAUGACGGGAUCGCGAGCCGAAAACGCCGCGGUGCCGUUACGCCGGAUAGUAUGGCACGGUGGGACGCGGAGACGGACGCGUCAUGAGGCAGAGUUCAGCAGGCACGGAUGAUUGCCAGAAUCUUGGAUCUGAUGGGAUUUGAUCUUGACCAUGUUGUAUGCAUUAUCUUGCUGCGAA